AUGCCCAAGUUCUUUUGCGACUACUGCGACGUCUACCUCACGCACGACUCCAUGAGCGUGCGCAAGGCCCACAACAGCGGCAAGAACCACCUGCGCAACGUCGUCGACUACUACCAACAAAUCGGCCACGAAAAGGCCCAGUCCGUCAUCGACUCCAUCACGUCGUCCUACGCCGCCGAGGGCCAGGCGCACGCCAACCCCAUGCUGCCGCACAACCAGCCCGGCAACGCGUUUCCCCCGCCGUUCCCUUUCCCAGGCGCUCCCCCUCCGUUUGCCGGCAUGCCCGGCGCGCCUCCCGGCCAGUUCCCCCACGGCCUCGCGCCUCCUGCCGGCGGCCGCGGCGUACCGGGCAUCCCGCCUUUCCCGCCCGGCCCCAAUGGCUUGCCGAUUCCGCCGCCCGGCGGGCUGCCGUUCCCCCCGCCGGGGGGGUUGCCGUUCCCUCCGCCGGGGCCUAACGGCGCGCCCCCUCCUGCGUUUGCCGGAUUGCCUGGCAUGCCUCCUGGUCCUGGGCAGGCCUUCCCGCAUGGGUCGGUUCCUCCUCCUGGUUUCCCGGUGCCGCCGGGUGUCGGUGCCUCCGGGCCUCCGGGGCAGGAUCGACGAUGA